AUGAGUGGUUCUGGAAAAGGGCUACUGGGGUUAUGGUUGUAUAGAAAUGGGGCAGACUGGCAGAUGAAGAGUGAAGCUCAUCAUCAUUCUAAGUUUGAAGUUGCUCGUCCUCAAGAGGCACAGCAUCCUGAAGGCGAGAAAAUAUCAGUUAUCUUCACUUUAAAGAAUCAAGUUGGAGGGCUUGUGAAAGUUCUAUCAGUUUUCCAAGAUUUAGGGAUUAAUGUACUUCAUAUUGAAUCCAGGAAAUCUAUAACGGAGAUUUCGGCUUCUGAUAUUCUGGUAGACGUGGAAUGUGAUCCUCGCAGAAUGGAACAGUUGAAACGUAUGCUUAAGCGUGAGGUUCAGGAGUUCGAAGUAGUUUCACAACAGACUGGACAAGAAUUUGCUCCGCCAACUCCUCUUUCUGCUGCAACCAGUUUUGAUUUUGGAGAAAUGCCUUGGUUUCCCCGCAAGAUUUCGGACUUAGAUCGAGCUCAAAAUGUUCUCAUGUAUGGCUCAGAGUUAGAUGCUGAUCAUCCAGGUUUUAAAGAUCCCGUCUACCGAAAAAGGAGAGAACAUUUCGCUGCAAUAGCCAAUAAUUAUAAAUAUGGCCAGCCUAUUCCAAGAGUGCAGUAUACAGAAACGGAGAUCAAAACUUGGGGUAUCGUGUUUCGGGAGUUGCACAAAUUGUACCAGAAACACGCAUGUGAUGAAUAUCUGGAAAAUUGGCCACAACUUGUUAAAUAUUGCGGCUACAGAGAGGAUAACUUGCCCCAGCUGGAAGAUGUCAGUGUAUUUCUAAAACGCAAGACUGGCUUUCAGCUACGCCCAGUAGCGGGAUAUCUUUCUCCGAGAGAUUUUCUUUCUGGUCUAGCUUUCCGUGUUUUUCAUUGCACGCAGUAUAUACGCCAUUCGUCAGAUCCAUUUUAUACACCGGAACCAGAUUGCUGCCAUGAACUUCUGGGGCAUAUGCCUUUGCUUGCUAAUCCAAGUUUCGCCCAGUUCUCCCAAGAACUAGGUUUAGCCUCCCUUGGAGCAUCCGAAGAUGAUAUCGAUAAAUUAGCAACGUUGUAUUUCUUCACUGUGGAAUUUGGGCUUUGUCGUCAACCGGACGGUAGUUUUCGUGUUUAUGGUGCCGGCUUGCUAUCAUCUGUGGCUGAAUUGCAACACGCUCUUGCAACUACUGAAAAAAUUAAACGUUUUGACCCCGAUGUUACUGUAAAUGAGGAGUGUAUAAUCACAUCUUACCAGAAUGCUUAUUAUUAUACCGAAUCAUUUGAGGAAGCUAAGGAGAAAAUGAGAGCCUUCGCUGAUAGCAUACAGCGUCCUUUUGGAGUUCGUUACAAUCCCUACACUCAAAGCGUCGAAAUUCUCAGCAACGCUCAGAAAAUAACGGCAUUGGUGCGCGAGUUACGUGGGGAUAUUUGCAUCGUCUCCUCAGCCAUCAAGAAGAUUUCAGCACAAGAUUCGACACUUGAUGUAGAAACGAUUGCAAAUAUGCUCCAUAAUGGACUGCAGGUAAACGAAAGGAGUCCACAGAGUACAUCAGGCGGAAGCUCGCCCAACUCAGAACACGGUAUCUCGCCUAAACACGGAAAAUAA